AUGUCGGACCGGUAUAAUAAUAACCGACCUCGGAAAGACUUUGUUGGGCAGCCAAGAUCUGCCAACACCAAGGUGGUUAAUGUUGAGUUCCGAGAACUAGUACAACAGGUUCUAGAGAAGAUUAAAAACGAGUCGUUCUUCAAAUGGCUGAACAAGAUGGCAGGAGAUCCUAUGAGGUGUAAUCAAAACCUUUAUUACCAAUAUCAUCAGGACCAUGGACACACUACUGAGGAUUGCAGAAACUUGUGGGACCAUGUAGACCAACUGGUCUGGAAAGGGAAACUAAAGCAACUCUUGCAUCAUUCUAGUGGCCGGGGAAGCCAAACGGGUUCGGAGUUUCAGGGAGAUGCUUCUUUGAGACUCCCUCUAGGCACGAUAAAUGUCAUAUUUGUUGCCCCAGGGAGGACCAGAUCUUGCCCCUCCAGAGUAAUGUCAGCAUCUCGUUAUCCAGUUGAGGAAUUUGGUUCAAUGCCAAAGAGAGUCAAGAUGGGCAUCCCACUGGUGUUAGGUUUUUCAGAUGAGGACAAACUUGGAACCAUACAGCCUCACGAUAAUGCUUUGGUGGUUACACUUAGAAUUGGUGGGUACGAUGUGAAAAUGGUGAUGAUCGACCAGGGCAGCGUAGCUGAGAUAAUGUAUCUUGACCUAUAUAAGGUGCUAAAUUUGAAACCUGAGAAUUUAACAGCCUACAGUUCUCCUCUAGUGAGUUUUGAAGGUAAGAUAGUCAUUCCGAAGGGUCAGAUCAGAUUACCCGUGCAGACUGGCUCGGAUGUGGUGGAGGUGGACUUCAUUGUUGUAGAUGCUUUCUCUCUAUAUACGACCAUCAUGGGUAGACCCUAG